CACUUGAUGGACAUGGCUGGAUGGUGUGCAUUUCAUUGAUGAGUUUUAGAGCCUGGGCUCGUGAUCUCCUUUACUGAUCGACGCGUCACUCUACAGCUAUCCCAAAGAUAUGCAAGCCAGUUUCAAAUAGCCUGCCUUUGCAUCCACGUUCAUCUCCAGCCCAGGAGUCACUAUACCCUCCUGGCUCCCUUGGGAAUUGGGCUUUUACCACCCAGGCUGAAGAUAAAGUUAUUUGCAAUGAAAAUCCUGAGUCAUGUGGUCAUCCUGCUUCUGCUGGGGGAAGCAGUCUCCCAGAACAAGCGCAAUUCAAAGUCCAACAGCAAGGUACCAAAUCAGGGCAAGAAAACAAUGAGCCCUGCUGGUGAGCCUGGACCUGCGGCAUCCAAUGAUGACACCUUCCCUGUUGAAUCCUCAUCAGUGGAAGACAGUAAGGACCCCAUGGUCUACCAGUUAACAAAUUCGAAUGACGACAUGAAACUCUAUUACCUGAAGAACACUCAAGUAACCUGCAAUGAUGGAACAACAGCCGGGUUUUACCUCAGGGAGCAGAAAGGUAGCAGACGAUGGCAGAUAUUUUUAGAAGGUGGUUGGUGCUGCUAUAACAAGGAGACCUGCGAUUCCAGAUACAAAAAUAUCCGGCGUCUCAUGAGCUCAUCAGAAUGGCCACAAACCCGGAAAGGAAGUGGAAUUCUUUCAGCGCAGUCUGAAGAAAACCCCCAUUGGUGGAAUGCCAACACAGUAUUUAUUCCAUACUGUUCAAGCGAUGUGUGGAGUGGAACUUUGUCCAAGUCUCGCCAAGGAAAGGAAACAGCUGAAUAUGCCUUUAUGGGAUCCUUGAUCAUCCGGGAGGUGAUUAAAGAUCUAGUUCCCAAGGGUAUUAAACAAGCCAAGGUGGUCAUGCUGUCCGGAGCAAGUGCUGGAGGUACAGGAGUUCUGCUGAACAUUGAGAAAGUUUCGAGUCUCAUGGAGCAGUUUGGGGCAGACGCACAGGUCCGGGGAUUGGUGGAUUCUGGGUGGUUCUUAGAGAGUAAACAGCAACGAACCACUGAGUGUUCUGAUACUGCCUCUUGCACUCCUGCAGAUACCAUUAAAAAAGGACUCAGAUUAUGGAAUGGUAUCAUCCCAGAGAAGUGCCGACAGCAAUUCAAACGAGGGGAAGAGUGGCAGUGUUUUUUUGGACACAAGCUGUAUUCCUCUUUAACAUCCCCUGUGUUCGUUGUUCAGUGGCUUUUUGAUGAGGAGCAAUUGAGGGUUGAAAACAUUCAGCUUGGAAGCCACUCCCUAACUGAACAUCAGUGGACCUACAUCCAGAAUCUAGGCAGGGAACUGAAAAACUCAUUCCAAGAUGUUAUGGCGGUCUUUGCUCCAGCGUGCCUGUCUCACACAUUGAUUACUAAAAGUAAUUGGUUGGAGUUUAAGGUGAAGGGGACUUCUCUCUCCAGAGCACUGCAGUGCUGGGACAAAAGCCUUGAAGACACCAGCAAGAGCAGCAAGACAUCUGUCAAGGGCUGCCCCUUCCAUCUGAUUGAUAACUGCCAGUGGCCCCAGUGUAACCCCACCUGCCCUGCCCUGGUUGACCACACCACGGGACAGGAGGUCAGCCUGCUACAAGUUCUGUUGGGAAUGGGUCUUGAUCUACAGAAGGUAGCACAGGAGUUGAAAAUGGAAGUCAGUGACCUGCUGGGGAUGAUCAGUAACGGGGGCUAAGAAAGAAUAGGAAGCACCACUAAAUUCAAUGUUAUUGCAGUGGAACGUAAAUAAUCUAAACUGUAGGUUAGGUGGGGUGACCUUUGGGGACACUGAAUUAGCAAAGCACGUAAAACAUUUAGGCCUAUAAGACAAUCACUUCCAUUCCUAGUUCCUCCUCAUUGACACUCUGCCCUCAUUGUAAGGCUAUGAGGAAUUUUCAGCUCAAUGAAAAAAUAUUCAUUAUAUUGCUCUGUGUAGGUCCUGUUAUAGUUUUCUAAAGUGGGUGGGCUGUUGCCAUCUUUCCCCGUCACUUUUACAUUUAGCUUACUCACUGCUGCUACUGAUACUUAUACAGUUUAUUUAUGUUAAGUGAACAUAGCUCAGUGCUUGGGAGAGCAUACUUUUUAGAAAUGCUGACCACAUUCACUAAGAAUAGCUGGGGGCCAUCAGUGGACCACUUUAGAAAAAUACCCAUAGCUUUAUGUUUGAAACAUGGACAGUGGAUUUGCCAUUGACACUUUGGCAGCGUGCCAAAAAUAUCAAACUAGUAAGUCUUCACUAUGGGAAUAUGAGGGAAUACAAGUUACUGUACACUGGUUAACCCUUUUAUGACUACCAAGAGCAAGUAAAAAAAGGAAUAAAGCUACAUAACCAAAUUGCCUCAAUCAAUAGGCUGUCUGCCCUGUGUUGGGAUGUUACAGUACACAAGACAGAUAAAUGUCAAUGAGAUGACACUAAAUGUGCUGUAUUAAAACCUGACAGCAUCCCUUAUGGACAGAUGUUGGAGAAUAACAGCUAUAACCUAUGAAUAUAUUCUUCUAUUACAACGGUAUGUUAACUUAUCUUAUGAACUGUUAUUAUUUUGUAUAUUAAUAGUAGUGCUGAUAUAGUGUUUGUUAAUGUACACUAGCUGCCUUAUAUACAGUAUGUACUAAUUAAUAACCUUAUAAUGUUCACUGAUGGGAUAAAUGUACAGUCUCUACCAUUGUCUGUUGCUGUAGGCAUUCUGCCACGGCACCUGUUGUCAAACUGACUUAUAGUUUAAAACUAUUUAUUGAAUUAACUGCUGCUCCUGCUGCUAUAAUAGAAUAUAAUGAUAACAGUGCAGUAUAACACUUUUUUUUCAUAAUCUGAUUCAUCUGGUUGUGAAAUACUGAAAUGUUAUAAGCACGUCCCGGAUAAUUAUCCCCUGGCAGAUUUAGCAUACCUGGACCUCAAAUUGAAACCAGCUGUAAUCUUUUGUGUUUUAUUUUAAUGAGGUUUUACUAAUUUGCUGUGUUGUAUGUCAUUCUCCUAACCCAGCUGCUCCUGGUGAAGACAAGUAUUGAUUCCUGAAUAGUUAUAAGGGACAGGGGGCAUACUGGUGUUUUCUAACAUGUGUUUAUUUUUUCCUUUGUAAAUAUUUUUUUUUUUUAAAUACACACAAAUUCUUUAUGAUUCUGUUUGCUGACUAGCAGUUUUCUGCAAGGCACUAUCAAAGGUAAAUACAUAUGCAUGGUAAAUUGAGAUUGAAGAAUGUUCUACAGUCGUCAUGGGUAGAUUAAAGCACAAAGUUGAAGUAAGUCUUUUUUUCUAAUAUAAUAAAAGAAACAGUAAACACAUUCAGCCACCAAUCUGUGUCAAUCAGUCCAGAAAACAAGCACAUGCUCAGACUCCACAUGUUAUCGUUAGUUGGAGGGCAUUUAUCGGUCUUAUCUAUUUGUACAUGUAUAUCCAUUUAUAUCAGCUGUCUUGUGGGCAUAUAUGAUGUUGUAUUACAGUAAUUAAAUGUAAACAAAUAUACAAUAAAU